AUGGAAAUACAAUGUGUUCUUAAGCUUCGAGGGGAAGACACCCGUGGCGGCUUCACAGACCAUCUCUACAACGCCUUAAUACGCAAAGGAAUCUCCACCUUCAGAGACGAAGACGAGAUCGAAGAAGGCAAAGACAUUUCUUCCGAUCUCUUCGCUGCCAUUGAAGCGUCCAGAAUCGCGCUCGUUGUGGUCUCAGAAAACUACGCUUCUUCGAGGUGGUGCCUUGAGGAGCUGGGUAAGAUCUUUGAAUGCCACGACCGGCUUGGGAUGCUGGUGUUGCCCAUCUUUUAUAGAGUGGAUCCUUCUCAUAUUCGGAACCAGACAGGAACAUUUGCUGAAGCUUUUGCUAAACAUCAACACAGAUUUGGAGAACAUAACCCCAACAUCCAAAAAUGGAGGCACCUUCUUACAAAGCUCGCCAACCUCAAGGCUUGGCCUUCAGAACCUUGGUAA